AAGAUGCCAUUCCACCAUGUAACAGCUGGCUUGUUGUACAAAGGCAACUACCUGAACCGCUCACUCUCCGCUGGCAGUGACAGCGAACAGCUAGCGAAUAUCUCCGUGGAGGAACUAGAUGAAAUCCGUGAAGCUUUCCGGGUGCUGGACAGGGAUGGGAAUGGCUUUAUAUCCAAGCAGGAGCUGGGCAUGGCAAUGCGUUCCCUGGGAUACAUGCCCAGUGAGGUGGAGUUGGCGAUUAUCAUGCAGCGCCUUGACAUGGAUGGGGAUGGCCAGGUUGAUUUUGAUGAAUUUAUGACUAUUCUGGGACCUAAGCUGGUGUCAUCGGAAGGCAGAGAUGGCUUUCUGGGAAAUACAGUAGACAGCAUAUUCUGGCAGUUUGACAUGCAGAGGAUAACACUGGAAGAGCUGAAACACAUCCUUUACCAUGCCUUCCGGGACCAUUUAACGAUGAAGGACAUCGAGAACAUCAUUAUCAAUGAAGAGGAGAGUUUAAAUGAAAACUCUGGCAACUGCCAAACAGAGUUUGAAGUGCACGCCCAGAAGCAGAACAGACAGACCUGUGUACGGAAGAGCCUUAUCUGUGCGUUUGCCAUGGCCUUUAUUAUAAGCGUGAUGUUGAUCGCGGCCAACCAGAUCCUGCGGAGUGGCAUGGAGUAGCCUCUCACCAUGACACUGUGAACCAAACUGACCAUGCAUGCGCAUGCCACCGGGUGAGCUCCCCCCGAACCGACUCUCACACGGCAAAGAGACAGAGGCAGGCAGAUAAAGCACCAUUCGACAAGGAGCCUGAGGCCAGCAGCGUAAUGUGUCUUGUGAAUCAACUACAUUCUUUUGGCAGGGACAUAAAAGGGCUGUCUUAAUGCUUUAAAGGUUUUGUUUCCUAAUGCAAUAAAAAAUAAUAUACAGGAGUCCCAACUUAUUGCUUCAAAACAGCAAUGGUAACUUGGAAGAGACUUACA